GUGCUGCCCGCCACUCCCAUUUGAGCAUGAGAGGUGCCCAUGCUAGAAGAGGCAGAGUUGAUCGACGCGUUCCUCGACUACGAGGGCGGGACGCUGGUAGUAGACAGCGAGAUGGCCAAAACCACUUGCACAAUUGGGGAGCUAUUGAUCAAAGCACUCGAAAAGGGGCCUCCGGCAGUGGUUGCCGAGUUAAGGGAAGGAACGGUCAGCAGAGUUGGAAGGAGGGAAGAGAAGGGCGCCUGGGGCAGUGUUGUGAAGCCCCGGGAUGAACAAAUCGCACUAGCCAUUGAGGGAGGCUGGAGAAGGGUUAUGAGCAUGAUGGAGUCUCAGAAGCUGGAGAUGCAGCACUAUCAGGCCUAUCAGGUGGAUAAUAAUCAGAUGGGUACUCAGGAAGAAGAGCAGUUCUUCCUCAUCAAGUCAUAUGAAGGUUUGUUUAGAGAAACUCGGUUGCUACUGGUGGGAAACAAGGAACCCCACGAGGUUAGUCCUAAAGCUAGGGAGGAAGCGGAUAGGUAUGUGCUUAGAAGGGGGCACCUAUUUCGAAAGGAGGAAGGCCUGGCGCCCAGGAGAGUAGUCUGUGGAAGGAUGCGACAACUCGACAUUAUUCAGGCCAUGCAUGACGGAUUGGCCGGUGGCCAUCGCUCAUCCAAAGGGACCCUAGCCAAGAUAACGCCGCUCUAUUAUUGGCCGGGAAUGRCAWYKAUGGUAGCCACGUACUGCCAGACCUGCAAAAUCUGCCAGGAACGAAGCACGGUCCGCAUUUUCGAGCCACUUAGACCCACCCGCGUGCUGGGGCCAGGGCAUAUGGUACAUCUCGACCAGGCAGUCAUGCCGGUUUCCAGAAAAGGGUACAGGUACAUACUUGACGCAAGGGAUAACCUUAGUGGGUUUGUCGAGGCAACCGCGCUCAAGAAGAAAACUGGGUUUGCAAUUGCAAACUGGGUGGAGGACUUUUAUCUGAGGCACCCGUUCAUCAGGAGAUUCAUAGCCGACAAUGGGACUGAGUUUGUGAACCAGGACGUCCUGAAUACCUGCAAGAGGCUUGGCGUACCGAUCAAAUUGACAGAACCAUACCACCCUGAGGCCAACGCGCCAGUCGAGCGAGGGCACCAAAUGCUUAAGAACACGAUUGCAAAGUUGGCAGCAGAUGACCUUGGGAACUGGCCGGACUAUCUCAUACACGCGGUAUUUGCCGAGAAUAUGACACCAAAAAGGACAACAGAUGCAUCCCGGCAGAGCUAUGGUAUAGAAGUCAGGCGGACCAAGAUGGCACCCAACAACGAGAACAAUAUUAAUCAAGCAAACAUCAAUGUUGAGGACCCAUGGCGCCAACCAGAGAGGCUGCAAAACAGAAACAGACCAGUGCUCGUGAUAGGACCUCAACCCCGGCCCCCUGUGAGGACGGGAAAAAGGAAGAUGCAAGGUUGUAGACCCUCCCCUACAAAAGAGGGCGAUGUGCUCCCAGCCUGGUCAGAGGAUGAGGGUGAGCAAGAACGGGAGAAAAGGAGGGAAGAAAAAGGGACAGAGGACCAGCACAAGGAAGAACCUAGGCAGGGAAGCCGGGAAGACGCUAAGGGAUCCACAAAAGAUGACAGUGAGACAGGGGAGGACAUUCCGGAGAUUGUAAUUGUAAGUAGCGAUGACGAGGUGGAUAGGGUCUCAAGGCCCAGGCCGGAAGGACAGGCAUCAACAAGCAGAGCCUCAGAGGAGGUCCAUGAUUGGGAGGAGGUAUUCGGCCCCACACCCAAUCAUUGGUUCGAGGUGUGGGCCAGCACUUUCAGACAUGACUGGAUUAUUAUAGCCCGUAGCCUCAUGGCCGCUGGGGAGAGGGUCACGCCAACGGACUUUUUCUCAAAAGAAACAUUACAUGAUAUGAAGGCAACAUUGGACGAGAUACGGACCUACGGGCUGGGGGUGGCGCCGCCACCAAAGACAGAGGAGGGCAGGGGCGCGAAGCGCCAAAGAACGGACCGGGAUACUGGGAAUUAAGGGUUGGCAAACUGGGGUCGGAUGGCACGAUUGGAUGUAAAAUAGGGGCGUUGGGACUCAGCAAACCAAUCGGGAAGAAAGACGGGGGUUGCAUUUUGUUAAGUGGCUUCCUAGAAACAGAGUUAGUCAAGGCAAGGAUGUGGGACUUUGUGUGAAACGAUGCCUACUGACCUGAAACUUGCCAAAAGACAUGAGGGCAAGCUGGGAGAUGCAGGGAGGAACACCUUUUUGAGUAUCAGCUACCUUUUCUGAGUUUGGCAAAGACGAAGGAGAGUGUGAUUGGGGAAUUCGAACAUAAGGGGGUUCUCUCUUUGCUAUUCAAACAAUCAGUUUUUCGGAUUUUUUUGUCUUCUCAACAAAUUGUGAUACUGGUU